AAAACGCAAUCAAGAGACGCCAACAACAGCAGCAACCGCAGCAGAAUCGUUCGCGGCAACCGCAGCAGCAUGCCAUCUGCAUUGGGCGGCAGCAGAGGGCGUGGCAGCCAGGGAAGCACCUUGUGGGUGCUCCUCCUGCUGGCCACAGCUGCACUCAGUAGCAGAGCAGCGCCCACAUCGGAGGUAGCGGUGGAGCAGCCCCACUUGCGGGUUGGGGUGCAAGGCGACAUGCCCGCCCUGGUUGUGAAGGCAACCACCGCCAACGCAACACCGAAGGAAGGCAGUAGCAGCAGCAGCAGCAGCAGCACACCUGAGAGCACUCCCACCGAGCUGCCAGACGUCACGGGAAGAUUAGAGUUGGACAAAAAAGUGCCAAAGACAAACAUAAAACCUCCAGCCGUUUUUCCCAGCGAGACUGGCACCGCCAGCAGCAGAACCACCAAGAUCACACUUAUGGGCAAUGCAACGACUGGAAAAACACCAACAACAAAAAUAGACAGCGAUGACCACUUGCCGCAGCCACCGGCGGUGGUGCAGUUGAUGGACUUGGAGCACACAGAGGCCCCACCCAUGAACAGUGGACACGACGGCCUCAAGCUGACCAGAAAGAAGCAGCUGCAGCAGCAGCAUUUCCCCACACCAGCCACCGCAACCACUUCACCCACCGUGGAAAGCAAGACCAGAGCAAGCAAAUCCACCAGAGCCACCAGAACCACCAGAACCACCAUAACAACGACAACGGCAACAACCGCAAUUGAAUCGGAAAUGGAAAGGAUCCCAACCACCACCAGCAGUAGUGCGAGCAGCAUCACCGCCCCGCAACCACCAACUCCCAUCUCCAGCUCCGGUGAUGAUUCCAGUUCCGGAACGGGACAUGAGCCAGUCCUGGUGCCCGUGCACAAUGGGUACUUGGGUCCGAUUUUCAUGGGUGAGAAAACGUUUAGUGUGGUGCAUCCGCUGAAGAAACCACAUCCACCCAACCACCAGCACGUUGCCUCAAUCGAGUCCCAGCUGCGCGACGGACGUAUUGUGGAGAUCCUGGCGCCGACGUCAUUGCUCGAGAAGAAUACGGAGCCAGCCAACAUUGGCCCCAGCAGCACUACAGAAACAGCCACACCCACACUCGAUCCAGCUUCUAUAUCGUCGAUUUCGGUGCUGUCUACCACGGUCUUCCAGGUGCCUGAGAUACAGACCAGCACCACUCGCUUACCCAUGCCCAUGAGCGGUGGCCUAGAGCUUUCCGGCCCGGCGCCACCGCGCACAGAGUCUAAGAUCUCAGACAUACAGAUAGAGGUGUAUGACUCCACGGUGGACUCCAUUGUGGCAUCGACCAACUUCCGCGACAACGAGGGCUACUAUCCGCUGCCAGUGGAGGCGGAGUCGGGCACCACCGGACCACCUCGACCACCAGUGGGACCGCCCCAGGAGCGGUUCACCCAAUAUGUGAUCGACCGCGCCGAUGUCUCCACUCAGCCCGCCUCGGGUGGAUCGCUUCUGGGUAAACCCGAGCCGGCGGCCAUUGAGAUCCACAUCAACGUGUCCGAGGCCUUUGGCAGUGAGAGCGAGGAUCUGGAGUUUUCUUACCGCCAGCCGCAGCCGCAGCUGAAGUCGAGCAAGCCCAGCGACGAGAUUCUCGUGGUGGAGAUCAUCGAUAGCGGCAACGGGGACAACAGCAGCACAGAGAGCUCGUCGAGUGGCGAGCACAUUAAUCCGAUAUUCACCUUCCGCUCGGAUACGGCAGCCAAUCCCCCUCCUGCGGUGCGUCCGCCCCAGCUCCAGGAUGCGGAUGAGCUCUUUAUGGCAGACCUCAAAGAAGGUGAAGGCGUGCCUCGACCACCACCUCCGCCCCCCCCACCGCCCCCACGGAAGCCCAGCAUCGAUCGCGACUCUGACACGAUCUUCUACAUUUCCAACACGGAGGUGAAGGUGGGCGAAUCCCUGCCCACGGGCAGUCCUGGAAGUGAUCAGCUCCAGCAGCAGCGCAAGUUCCAGCUAGAGAACCAGUUCUUCCCGGCCAGCUACGUGAUGGAGCAACAGCAACUGCAACAGCAGCGAUCCUCCCUAGCCACGCCUCGAUACGAGGAGGACAUUAUUCUCUCGCCUGUGCACAACACAGCCGAUGCUUUGAAAAUCUUCCGCAGUACGGGUCCGAGCAGCGGCGAUGGAGCUCCACCUCUGGAUGUCACCUACGUGGGAGAGUCAGUUAUCGAAGUAGAGCAGCAGCCGCAGAGUGCAAGCACCACCCAGGCACCCUUGGGAGGAGGCAGCGGCAGCUCACCCCAGUCAGACAUCAUCAUUCAGCCGGCCGUGCUGCCUGAUCUGGCCAUUGGAGUGCCCGUGAUCGGGGAGCUGCCACCACAGAUCGAACUAAAGGAGAUCGACUAUAUGCCCGGAGAGUUGGGUGGGAUGGGCAUUUACGAGAAUGACAUCCAGAGCAACAGCAUCGGCAUGGGCAUAGGCGUCGACAGUGAUCCGGAUGUGAUUGAGAGCUCGAUCCAGUAUGGAGGAGAUCUCAUCGAUGAUGGGGCAGGCGGCGGCUUCGACGGCGUUGAGGGUUCCUAUCCCUUCGAGAGCCCAUCCCAUCGCCAGUUACAGGAUGGUGACCACCCGGGUCGCGGACAGGAUCAUCAGCCCCGCCAUUCGGCUGUGAGUCAUCUGCACCGAGAGCAACCCCCCAUGGCGGAGCUUGUAAACGCCACUCUGCUGCAGCACAACGAGAACGUUUCGGUUGGGGGAGAGGCUGGGUCUGGGUCCGUCUCGGCCAUGGCCCCUCUCCUCUCUAGCGGCGCUGGCAGUGGGCAGGCGAUGAGCAAUGUCACAGCCCUGUCCGAGGACCAUUUGGACGACUUUGACGGUUAUCUCAAUCUUUUUGCCGUCUCCAUGGGCCUCGUCAUUGUCAUUCUACCCUCGGCCCUGCUGAUCUCCAUGUACUGUGCCAUUCGUUAUAUGCUGAACAAACCCGCCGGAAAGGGGCUGUGCGGCGCCCGUAGCGAUGACAGCGAGCAGGGCAAGGACUCCAAGAAUGAGGACAUCUCGAGGAACGCGCGAGAGACGAAGAUGCACACGGACAAGGACGGAGUUUUUGUGGUAGAAGUGGCGCGCGGCAUCGACUCCAAGCAGGCGGCUGACAUCCCCGGCGCCGUUCCCGAGACAACCGACCUGCCCUUCGACACCAAACUUCAGCAGGCCAACGGUCUGCAAAUAGUGGACGAGCAGACCCUUCCGCCUAGCCACGAGCAGGUCCAGAUCCAUGCCCCACCCAGCGAUUUCGCCAAUCCUAUCCCAGCCCCAUCCAAUCCCACUGUUGGAGUCGGGGUCCUCCAUCUCAUCGAAGAGGCGGAGGAGCAGAUGUUGGAGGAUGCUGCCAGGCCACACCAAGAGGGGGCUAUCGCUAUCGCCCAAACUGGACUCUCCCAGUCCGAUCUCAGUUCCACCUCAUCGACCGAUUCCAACAAGCGUUACUCCUACGGCAACCAGGAGCUAUAUGUCAUCGAACAGUCUGGAUAUGCCACCAGUUCACCCACAGCCCAGCCAAUAUUGCCAUCUAUCAAGCCAAAGGAGCACGUCGAGGAUGACCAAGGCCCCAUCGGAGGGGAGCAGAAUGACCCGACUGUAGUUUUGGAUACCCAAAAGCCUGAGACUAAGAACGACAGUGAGGAGCAGCAAACGAAUGAGCAAAAUCAACCAGAGAAAGCGACAGAUCCAGAGCAGAAGACAGACCCGGAGCUAACAACAGAGUCUAAGAUAGAUUCGGAGAUCAAGUUAAGUCCUGGGAAAAUACCCGAAUUGGAGAUGCAGGGCAAACCGGAUCCAGAGAUGAAGACUAAACCAGAGCCGGAGAAACCGUCGGAGACCCAGUUUGAGCUAAAUGAAGAAGCCAAGCCGGAACAGGAACCGGAAAUCGUAGCCGAAAUGGAUCUCGAACCCGAGAACACUUACGACAGUCUCAUGAGUCUGCCGGCCCCACCAUCCACCGAGGAGAUCAAAGAGCUGAACGAUUUCUCUCUCAUCGAGUCGAACCAACUGGACUCUUUGCCCCCACCGCCACCACCGCCUCUAGCCGAAGCCGACACCACCAAUGGAAAGCCAAAGAAAGAAGCUGAGAAGGAGAAAGAUGGGACAGCAUUUAAGUCCCAGGCUAUCAUCAGCAACGGGAACGGGAACGGGAUGGUUAAGGUCUCCUCCGACAAUAGUGGUCCAGAGGAGCCGGCCACCCUAACGCCGCCCGCUUCACCACCGUCGCCACAGUCACCGACCACGGGCGUAAUCUAUGGCUCCAACGGCCUCACCAAUGGCCUCCAUACCCUGGCUGUGGUCGAUGUGAACGGCAGUUAAGAAAGGCCAGGUAAGAUCAGAGAUAGAAGAGAUGAUUCCCGAAGAUCCUGUGAGAGAGAAGCAGCAACAGAAGAAGGGAGGAGCGUUUUUUUUGCAUCGGACCUCGUAGAGAUCUCAAAGCGCGAAUAGUUCCCUCUAGGGUGUAAGGAAUACUAGAAAUACUUAAGAUAAUAUCCCAAACGGUGGCAAAGAAAAAACAAAGUGAAACCGAACUCCAAGUGGGGAAAGUGAAAUAUUUAAAUUAAAAUAUACAAGAAAACAAAAAAAAUAAUAGAAAGUUUCCACUUUAAAGUUUGUUGAUUUUCAAAUAUUACGAAUAACAAUUACACGCGAAUAAUAUAAAUAAAUCAUAAUUAAUUGUUUGUCUU